AUGGCUACUUUCGUAUCCUCCAACAAUCCUUGGUCCACGAGUCUUAAUAAAGACCGCGCCGACAUUUUCCUUGGCGGCGACUUUGCUGAUUUUUGGAACAUAAUCUACAAGACUCUCCAAGACAAAAUUCGGCCUCUUUUUACGAAACAGAGAAAUCCUAAUAUCACGAACGAGGGCCGAAGGGACUUUCACCCUGUUCCUUUGCACCGUUUUGAUGGAAGCACUCUUGACGAUGCGGCGAAGCCUUGGAAGAAUACGGAUAUCUAUGCUACUAGUGCCUUAUCUUGGAUCGUCUCUCUGUACAAGCCUACCGACAAGAUACAUCUGGAACACCACUUCCCACUUCUGGUCCCUGCUAUCCUGGCUUUAAUAGACGAUAGCUCCAUCUCAUUCAAAGUUAAGGGAUGUGAACUCCUCGGUCAACUACUGAAGACGAUUCAAGAAAGCGGCUCCGACAUUCUUAUUCGAACAAACCUUAUUCCCGUCUUCGAACAGGCCAUCACGCCAUGUCUUCUUUCCUUACCCACAAUCACACCGGAAGAUAAAUCUCUGAAGAUGCUUAGUGCCGCCUAUCCAGUCCUUCUUGCGCUUUUCAAGGCCGCCAACAACCCUUCAAAGGCGUCGCAACAGCAGAUUGAAAAGGGCAAAGAGACUUACAAUUCGAACCUCGCUAGGAUCCUACGGUCAAACCUCAUUACAUCGUUCCACCACAUCAGUUCAUCAACGCUCGGCUCCGAGUCCUCGGCCUCCUUUCCACACCCAAAGCUGUCUGAAUUCUUGAUGAAUGAGAUCGCUGUUUUUGUUAAAGGCCUGGGCAUCGAGACUACCAAGUACCUCCAAGACAUCAUCCCACUACUAAACGUGACUCUCGCGAAUCCGUUCGGAUCAGUCUAUCCCCCACUUCUCUUAGCCGCUAUUUGGACAACACGAGCAGUGAUACUGAACGCCCACCCUCGUAUUUGGAAAUGGCGUGGUGAGAUCUUGUCUGGGCUAUGCGCAUGCUGGCUUCAUGUAACCACAGAGAUCAAGGCCGGAACAGGACAAGGCGAUUCCGUGAAACAGCUUACUAUACUUACUAAAGAGCUGCAAGGUGUCGUGUCUGUGCUGAAAUUCACCUUACAGUUUCCUGUUUCUCCCGAGGAGACGGACAGGGCUCAUGCUAAACAGAACAUGCAAGCUGAGCUACAGGAACUUGUGGACGCGGAUUCUGAAUUAGCGACUCUUUUGCGCGCCGAUACCAAGUCGUGA